AUGGGGACGCUGAAAUGCUUCCUGUUCCUGCCCCUGCUCCUCUCCUGCGGCUGCGCCUUCAUGUUCUCUUCUCUGAAGGAGAAGGCCAAGGAGCCCCAGGGGAAGGUGCCUUGCGGGGGGCACUUCCGGGUCAGGCAGAAUCUCCCAGAGCACACCCAAGGCUGGCUUGGGAGCAAGUGGCUCUGGAUCUUUUUCGUGGUCGUGUUGUAUAUGAUACUCAAGUUUCGAGGAGACAGCGAGAAGACUACGGAGCAGAAUCCUUCUGGCCUUCGUGGCUGCACCUUUCGUUCUCCACUGAAAAGAAAUCAAAAUACUUUCCCCAAAAGGGAGUACGCAUUCAACGCCUUAACCCAGCUCGAGGUGGACCUUGUGCAGUUUCUGUCCAAGGUGCGGAGUCUUAAAGUCACCAUGACGACUGGCAAUAACCUCAAGCUUCAAAAUUUGGACUUGCCUGGCGAUCCAAGCAACAAUGUUACCAUAUACGAAAUCUGGGGGGAGCGAGACUCCGACUAG